AAACAAACCGCGACAGAAAUGAAGCGCGACCGAAAUGAUCUGUAUUCGAUCAUAGUACAUGCAUGGAAUUGGAUUUCUGAUUUAUUAUUGCGUUCCAAAUUUAUUAAUUGUACAGAAAUAUACUCUAUCAGAUCGUGGUAAAUUUCUUCAAGCUGAAUUUAGUGAGAAGAUUUACAAUGGCAGCUACAGCUUGCAGCAAGGACCUGCGUUCUCGUUUCCAAGGAUGUUUAGCAGCUGCCGUAGCUGGUGACUGCCUCGGCGCUCCAUUUGAGGUCAGUGGUGUCAAGAGUGUUGAAGAAGUUGUCAAGUUCGAACAGCAGUUGAGCAGGUACAUUGAAAAAGAAUUAAAAGCAAAGCAUUUGGAAUACACAGAUGAUACUGCCAUGGCGAGAUCAGUGGCCCAGUCACUGAUUGACAACAAAGGCAAAUUCAAUGCACGAGACAUGGCAAAAAGAUUUCAUGAUGAGUACUUAAAAGAGUCAAACAGAGGGUAUGGUGGCAACGUCAUUGAUAUACUUGGACCACUCGGUGACCCUGAAUUGACCGAUGUUUUUCAUCCUGCAACGACGCAGUUUAAUGGAAGUGGGUCAUAUGGAAAUGGUGGCGCCAUGAGAGUGGCUCCUGUUGGUCUUGCGUUCUAUAAUAACUUUGAAAUGAUGAAACAGGUGGCUGUUGAUUCUGCUCGCAUUACACAUUCCAACUGCCUUGGCUACAAUGGCGCCCUCCUACUUAGCUGCGCUGUCUAUUCUGCAUUACACAUUGAAGCUGGAACUGCUGUCAAUAGUGACCAAUUUAUUGAAAAAUUAAUUGACAUCAUGAAAGAUGUAGAAGCAAUAGAUCACACCAUGCAAGACAGUGGAGACAAUCAACCUAAGAAAUCAAAGUUAGAUGAAAGUGUGGCAGAUGACCCUGUAUACACUAGAAAACUGAUGGCUGCCCAAGAAUUCCUCAAGAGAGACAAUGUUGAUAACAAAGAGGUUGUUGAAGUUCUUGGAAAUGGUAUAGCUGCUCAAAGGUCUGUAGUAACUGCAGUCUACUGUUUCUUGCGCUCGGUUAAAUCAAUUGAGACUAUACCAACACAAAAUGGUCUUGUUCGCACAAUUCUAUACGCCAUCUCAAUGAAUGGAGAUACUGACACAAUAGCAACCAUGGCUGGUGCUAUUGGUGGUGCUUAUUAUGGACUUGAAUCCAUGCCUGAAAAAUGGAGGGAAGUUUGCGAAGGAGUUGGGGAUGCUAUAAAACAAGGAGAUGAGUUGUUCAAGCUCAAUGUUGGGAAUUGAAACAAUGACAUGUAUAUUUUUGUAACAUACCCCGAUGUAUGUCUUUUUACUAAAAAUAUAAAUUGCGCCAUACAAGCUUGCAUCUUCAAAAUGAAGCUCACAUCUUCAAAAUGAUUCAUUAUUAUUAAGUUUAUUUUUUGAAUUUGUACAGCAAGCAAAGCGAGGAAGCUUGGACCGAAAAUAAUAAUUAUUACUACUACUCUUUAUUAGUCCUCAUUCAUUGGAAAUCGGAAAUUUGGGCUGGGGACACGUGGCAGCCACAUUGCAGUGCCACCCAACUUAACUACAGCACAACUGGCCUAACCCGCCUAACUCUCAAUGUGAGGGUUAUUCAAGGAGCCAAGUGGUCAGACUCCAAUUAAAACUCAACGAACGCUGGCUGGGUUUGACAGGGGUCGUUAGCACAAGAAGCAGGAACAAUAUUUCUUUGUGAACCGUUGAGCUCAGUGAGCAGCAUAGGAACUUGUGCUCGCUAUAGACAGACCCUAGACCUUUACUCCUGGGGACUUCUGGGAGAUCUGGUUAAAUGAACUCUCUUAACAGCUUAGCUCAGUCGGCUAAUCUGGUGGUAGCCAUUGUGUGUGCGCUGAACCGUCGAGAUCCCUAGGUCCCCGGUUAAAUUCCCAUUGCUGCCUUUCCUUGUGUUUAAAGGGCUGAAAUACAAGUUACAAAAGCGCACCGUCUUUCGGAUGAGAUGUUUAAGCCAUUGGUCCUGUGUGCAUUAAUGUCCCAUGUGCACAUUA